AUAUUUUUCAACAGAAAAUUACGCUGAUUUUCUUUGUUGAUAAUAACAAUCGUUAUUCAGUGCGGGACAGAGGCGACGCUGCAGCUGCUUUAAUUAUCGAUUGGGACGCUGGUCGUCUGGGCUGCAGUCUCUGUGUAACUGGGUCACGUCGCUCUUCAGACUUUCACUUUUAAUUACCAAAUCCGGCUGUCCUGAUUUUUUUUAAAGUUAUUUAUAUUUUUCUGUUAUUAACCAUGGAUUUAUGGGAUUUGUUUUCGUUCCGCGUGUGCUUGGCGGUGAUUUUGUUUUUAAUUUUUGUCCGGGAAGGUUUUUGUGCGGCGUCGACGCGGAAGAUUGACGGGCGCAGUACAACGGUCAAGGUUGACGAUGUCGACGAACAGAAUCUUAUAACACCGCCAUCCGCAUCUGUCAAAAAAGCCGCAUUAAGGCGACUGCAACCCAUCAAACUGGCCAACCUAACCAUCACUACCUUUAACAAAACCGCCGUCCUGCAGCCGCGGGACCUCGACGACACCAACACCACCACCUCCAACGCCCGCUCCGGCGCCCUGGCCCAACCGCGCACCUCCAUGGACGACUUCGAUGCCCUGCCCAUCUCCCCGCUGGGUGGCUUCAAAUCCUACCAGAAGAGCUAUGUUAACAUGCCCGGCUACCAGAUGGCCAAGGAAAAAGUCCAAGGGGGUGGCCUCCAGCCAUCCCUGAUCCCCGGACCCGGCGCGGAACUGGUGGGAGUCGGCGUGGGACCUCCAACGCCGAUUGUCGGUGGAAUCGGUGGUCCGGUGCCGCUGCAAGCAGGUCCAGUUCUGGAACCGGGUUUAGCGCAAUACAUCGCCAUGAUGCGCGGUAACCGCCGCCCCGUCCCACCUUUCUACGGCGCCGGGCCACGCCCCCUGCCACCCCACUGCACCUGCGCCCCACUGGCCGACUGCCGCGACGUUUCCGCCUUAGCCCGCGACUACGGCGACGACGCCUACAACGGCAACUGCCUUCCCGGGCAGGUGGUCUGCUGCAACCAGGACCUCCUCGACCAGAUGAACACCGCCGACCACCCGGUCGGGCCCCUGACCGCCGGACCGGCCUACGGACCCCGUCCGGUGCCCCAGCCCGUCCCGGUAGCCGCAGCCGUGCCCCGCCCCGUCCCGGUGGUCCCUCUCGGUCCCGCGGUGUCCGUGCCGGCGCCAGUGGUCAGACUGCCGCCGCCAACCAACUACAAUCCCCCGAUUAUAGGACGCCCAAAGCCGGUGGCGGUGAUCGACGCGGUGCCGGUGCCGCCGCUGUACGGCGCCGGUGUCGGGUCGGGUCCGGUAUUGUGCGGGAAGAAGGGCCGGAAUCCGUUGGCGCGGGUGUACGAUGGGGAUGAUAAGAUGUCGGAUUCGGAGUUCGGGGAGUUCCCGUGGAUGGCCGCGGUGCUGCUGGCGCCGGAGCUAACGUACCAGUGCGGCGGGGCGCUGAUUGCACCGAGAUUUGUGCUGACGGCCGCUCACUGCGUUGCACGAAACAAACACCGCAACUUAAUCGUGCGCCUGGGCGAGUACGAUGUGACUAACACCGAGGAGCCGCCGUAUCAAGACAUCAAAGUGACGGACGUGGUCAUGCACGCCGGCUACCACAGCGGCACCCUCAAGAACGACAUUGCCCUUCUCGUCCUGGACACACCCGCCAUCUUCAACGAGUACAUUUCGCCGGUGUGUCUGCCGGAAUAUGCACCGGAAACCGGCGGUGUUUGUACCGUCACCGGUUGGGGCAAGGACACCAUCUCCCAUGGCAAGUGGGCUAACCGGCUGAAAUCGGUGGAUGUGCCGCUGGUUAGCAAUGAAUUCUGUGAAGCUUCCUACCGCAAAUCGCCGCAGCUGGGCCCGUACUUCAAUCUGCAUGAUAGUUUCGUGUGUGCUGGUGCCCCGGGCAAGGACGCUUGUUAUGGUGACGGCGGCAGUCCGAUGGUGUGUUCGCGCGACCCGGCCAGCGAGCGCGGCUACCAGCUGAUGGGGCUGGUCAGUUGGGGCAUCGACUGCGGCCAGUAUCCCGGAGCGUACACGCGUGUACAAAAGUUCGUACCCUGGAUACACGAUGUCAUGAACAAGUUUCCCAACUAAUCGCUGUCGACUGAUUUUCUGAUCUGUGCCGCUUUUUUUGCCAAAAGUCUUUGUUUUUUUUAUUAUGUGCCUAAAAGUUGAACUUUUAUUAUUUCGCUGUGCGAAGACAGUUAUAAAACAAACAAUACUCUCUGUGCAUGUACUGUACUUUUAACUGAAAUACAGAGAACUGUUAACAGUUAUACGCAAACAUUUAUUUA